AGUUGUCACUCUCCCUAACGUCUAGAUGUUAUGCUCUCCCCUGAAACGAGACAGUAGACAGUGGCUGCAUAUAGUGGGUUUGAUCUCUGAUUAAACAGUCAUUGUUUGCGCAUUUAUAAAGAACAACGAAGAUGGGAAUUACAAAGGAACAAUUUCGCAAGCUGGAUGUACUGGAACAAGGCAGAGUUAAAUGGAAAUUCCUUCAGGCACACUUUUCAGCUUUUGUUAGAAUUCAAGCAAGCAAUGUUUUGGAACAUCUAGCUGAAGUUCUUCAUAGGAACGAUAUGGAACAAAUUGAGAGAGACAUGCAAAACAAAAGUAACAAUAUAGUGAUGCAGAAUCUUCUCAUGAGGCUGUCCAGAACGUGCAAGCCAUGGUGGAUACCUCUAGAAAAGUAUUUGCUGGAGGAAGGAGAUAAUAAACUGUACAGCUUUCUGAAUCCAUGGAGAGACUUCGAAGAACAUGGUGCAACUGCUGCCUCUCCUGAAUCGUUCUUCAGAAAUUCAGAUAGGUCUUCUGAAGGCUUCCAGCGCCCCUAUUCAUGUGAUACGCCACUCGGCAAGACAAGUGGUUUAGUUGACGUAUUGAGGUCCUGUCCAUGGAGAAAGCUUGCAGAUGUCCUUGGUUUUAACAUGGAUGAACAGCGAGCUGUUAAAUAUUCUGCUUCUUAUGACAAUGAUUUUCAUCAGCAUCUUAUUGAUGCUUACAUUGAAAAAUAUAGAAGCAAUGCAACUGUGGGCAGCAUGGUGCGGGCUUUGCUUCAAUUGAAAACUGAAGGCAGGCGCAUUGUGUCAUUUAUGGAAGAAGCUCAGCUGAUUGUCAACAAUGAACGAGAAGGAAGUGAAGCAGGAGAGGCAAGGGGAGAGGAGUCACAUGGAUUUAACGUUACUGAGAGUGCAAGUGGGGCAAGUGCUGGCACUAGACAAACAAGUCUCUUUCUGAAUUGUUCUCCCCACAGCCCCAGUACUACAGCUACAAAUAAUUUUUCUGCACAUGAGCCCAUAAAUGGAUCUUCAGCUAAUGAUUAUUUUCCAUCUUCAGCAUUUCAUCCUACUGAUAGGAUAGUAUCGAGGACUAACCAAGAGUCAGUUAGUAGUUGGCACAUGCAGGAAGAUCUGCACAGACUUGUGCCAUCACCUGGAACAACGCAGCCCUCACAGGUAAAUCAAGAAAUGGAAAUUCCUAUUGGAAAUUCCUCUUGCCAAAAUUCAGAGCCUGGCAAUUUUAGAGAUUACGAACACCACCUAAUAUUUUAGAUGGGAGCGAUUUGAUGCAGUCUUUAGUCGACAAUGCUAGUCAACCUGAUGCUGGUGACGUUAAAAAUCUGAAUACAGAGAAUCAAGCAGAGGACAAAUCUUAUCCACAAAAGUACUGCAACCCUAGUCAUCCAACUGAUGACCAAGAAGAUGGUGACAACUCAUUUUUACAAACGGAUGGACCAUGUGAAGUUCUUCAUGCAACAGAAUCUGCAUCAUCUGACUUCACAAAUGGCAGGGACUCAUCAACAGCUCCUUCAAAUUAUUCCCAACAACCUGCAAGCGAUGUACCCUCAGCUGCUGAACUCUCUGGCAGUAUUCCUCAACCAGGAAACAGUAAUUCCAAUAUCACAAUAAAUGUCAAUCUUCACAACUGUAAAAAACCGAUAUUGAACAUCGGAAAAAAGAACAGAGUUAAUCUGGAUUUACCCAUGAUACAAGAACAGACAUAUGAAGCUGAUGAGGACAGACAGCAGGAGUUUGAUACAAUCUUUCCCAGUGUUUCAUCUCCAGCAGAAGCUAAUUUUGAGAGGUUACGAUCAGAUACAGGAUUUCGUCCACAAGAAUAUCAACAAGGCAUUGGAGACUGUCCUACCGGUCUUAUCUCUGCAGGUCAGAAUUUAGUGACAGAAGGAGAAACUUUGCCUUGGAAUUCCAAUCUUCAUCAGACUAAACCAAAGCAAAUUGUGGAGAGUGAAUCAGAAGCUGCCGCAGGACAGGUAACAGAGAUGGAUUUGGGUGGUGCAAAUGAUGUCAGCUUAACACAAUACAGAAGAUUAAUUCCAAAAGCCCCAGAGAAACAAGUGUUGCAUGGUGAUGAAGAUACUACCUUCUCAACAGAUGCUAAAUCUAGCAGUACUGUUAAGUCACCUUGUCACCAGAUCAGUAAUAGCGGGAACAGUAGAAGCCAGCAUGAAGAGACAAAUACAGAAGACACUAUAGAUACAGAAUCGGAGAAGGAAGGGCUGACACCCACAGUACCUCUCACAAAUAAGCAAUGUGAAGGGCAACAAGAUCAGCCUCAGCAGCCUUCUGGUUUACUUAAAAGGUUCUCAUGCAUUCUAAAAGAUGUGCUAGAUUUAACGGGAUGAAAAUAAAGAUGUAGGCUCCAUGUGAAUAAUUGGCUGUGGAAUAUUUGUAGAAAUAUCCAGGUUUUGACCUUUACAUAUGUUUCAUGUAAUAAUAUGUUUCAUGUAAUAACAAGGUAAUUGUGAAAGGGCAAUGUAGGUUUUCAAAGUGUGGAAAGAGAUUGUUUUGCAAUAUUUGAGUUUUAGAAAAUUAAAUGUUAAGCAAACUGGAAAGAACAGCAAAUGUAAUCAAAAUGUCAAAGCAAGAAACAUGGCAAUAUAAAAGCUUUAUGAUGGUUGUGGAGGAAAUGCGAUGUAAAUGAAUAUGAUUUGUGGGGGAUUGAUAUUGCUGUUAUGGUUUGAUUUGGCUUUUAAUGUGAUAGGAAAACUUUUAGUCAUGAAAAUUAGUUAUGAGUCUGAAGUCAUGCGGCUAGUCAUGAUGCUUUUAUUGUAAAACUCAAAAUGCAGAAAAAGAUUACUUUGUUUGAUGUGUUAUCAGUUGUGCAAAAAUUAGACUUUUGUUAAGUGCACACUUUUAAGAGCUGCAAAAAUGGUAGUUGCAUGUGACUUUUUUUGUGAUGGUAACUUAUCUUUACAGGCUUUAUCCUCAUCAGAAUCAUCUUAUUCUAAUGUAGGGAUUCACUGGUUAAAACUAUAUUCUUCCUGUUUUCAUGGAAUAUGUAAACAUAUGUGCUUUAAAAUUAUAUUUAUGCUCAUUUCAUUAAUAUUUAUGUUGUACGCAAGUUUCCAGAUCUAUAGGUGGUGUAUUAGUUUUUUGUAACUAAGAAAAUCUUUGCCAUGAAAUGAAAGUUGUUUAAAGUUAUUUUAAAACUAAGAUUACCACAAGAGGCUCAAUUUGUUCGAAGCAACUUGGAAAUACUACAAUAUUUGUGCUGGUAAUCAACUUUCUAGCCUACAAUGGGCUAAUUUAUGAGAAACAAAAAAUCACAUAGCACUCAGUGAUUUGCACAAAGGGGCAUGGAGAUAAGAUGUAACCAGGGUCAGAAGUGUUCCUUUGUCCUUUUAAUGUAUAUAUAUAGCACCUUACCACAGCACCAAAGCUGGGACUUUAUUUUGUUUUUAAUUAACUUAUACAUGAAGGUGCACAAGCACACACCUUUUUAAGGGGAGAUAUCAAAUGCACUAACAUGCAUAGACUAACAUGCAUUUACACAACAACUACACACACAUAUAAUCUUUUUUUAUUGAUGAAAACUAAGUAGUAAUAUAAUUAUAUAUAUGUGUGUGUAUAUAUAUAUCUUAAAUGAUAUGAUGUGUAAUGUAUUUUGAGGAUUAAGGGUAGAGUUUUAAAUCACAAUGGUAGAGAAAAGUCUUGCUGUCCAUGAAUGGCUGAGCUUUUAGAUCCCCUCAGAUAUGAAGAAGUGACAGACCUCCCAAAAUAGCUAAUAAAAACUCUGGGAGGUGAAUGCACCUGAAGUGGUCUACAUAAUAGCCCAUGAAUGGCUAUGGACUACAUGUAGCCUCAUAAGUAUGAUCCAUAAAAACUGACCAGUCUGGCUAUGGAUACUUUAUUUGCAUGCUUCAUAUCACAAGCUGAUCAGAGGGUGCUGUACUGUAAUUGAAUCAGGUGCAUAUUUCAUAUCUCUGGGCCUCUGCUGCUCAACUGAUCAUGGAUUUAGUCAAAUGAAAAUUGUGUUAAAUGUGUGCCAUGAGUAGAGUAAAAUUGAUAUUGGUAACACAAUUAAAGACUUUUAAAAAAA